CCUUUAGCAUCUCCUCCUCCUCCUCCUCCUCCCCCUCCUCCUCCUGCUCGCAGCCUCGGCGGGUCCGCAGCAUUUUUCCCGGGACGGAAACGCGGCGGUGGGGGAAGAUGGCGCUCAUCCCUUCCCAAAUCCUCCGAGUAGCGAUCCUCCUGUCCUACUUCUCCAUCAUCUGCAAUUACAAAGCCAUAGACAUGCCCGCGCACCAAACAUACGGCGGGAGCUGGAAGUUUCUAACGUUCAUAGAUUUGGUCAUACAAGCAGUGUUCUUUGGUGUGUGUGUCCUGACGGACCUCUCUAGCCUUUUGACGAAGGGCACGGCCAGCAUGGAGCAGGAAAGACAGCUCCGGAAGCUGAUCAGCUUGCGAGACUGGAUGAUGGCUGUGCUGGCCUUUCCUGUGGGAGUUUUUGUGGUGACCAUGUUCUGGACCUUAUAUCUGUACGACAGAGACCUAGUGUAUCCAAGACUCUUGGACAACUUUAUACCUCAAUGGCUGAACCAUGGAAUGCAUACGACGGUGCUCCCUUUCAUCAUAAUUGAGAUGAGAACAACACAUCAUCAAUAUCCCAGCAGGUUGUGUGGACUGUUGGCCGUGUGCAGCUUUGCUGUGGGAUAUGUUCUAUGGAUGUGUUGGGUGCAUAAUGUGACGGGGGUCUGGGUGUAUCCACUGCUGGAGCACAUUGGACCCAUGGCCAGAGUUCUUUUCUUCGUCUGCCUCACAGGACUCAUCAGCCUCUACUAUGUACUGGGAGAGAUCCUCAACAGCUACAUCUGGGACUCCUCAAGGAGUGCUGUAGAGUCUAACAAGGAUAAAACUGACUGAGUCCUCCGCCUGUGAGGUGCAGCAGCCAUCUAAAGAUCACUCUCCUAUUACUACAACCACUCUGCUGGGACUCUGGGCAGUGAAUAUGACUCAGAAAUGAUCAAUAAUCAGCGUAACAAUGAAAUAUGUUACUGACCUUAUCCUGAUGGUUUUCUCCUCUUUCUCCAGUUCAGCUCUUGAGACAUCACCCUCAUCCUGGCUGUUCUCCUUUAGGGAAGGAAAGCACAGACAUUUUAUAAUUAUAUUACUGUGGUGACUCUGGGGGGCAGCGUUUUUCAGAAUACCUCAAAUAUUAAAUUAAACAGAAUAACUGUCUUACUGUACAUGUUUAAGGCCAGUAUUGCUACUUUACUGUGUGUUAUGUUGUAUUUCAUGUCUCUCAUCAUAAGGGAUGCUCCAUGUUCACUUGCAUAAGUAUAUGAUUACUUAAACCGAGCACAAUUUAUUGCCUAUAAAUCAUCUAGUGAGGAUGUUUUUGGAAAAAUAACUACUCUUUAUGUCUGUGAGGUGUGAGAAAGCUUAGUGAAAAGUCAAAAAAUCUUAAAGAAGCAAUAAAUAGCAUUUUGUUUCUUGUCGGAAACAUAUUACUGGUUUGCUGCCAGUCACACGACUUACCUUGGCACUAGAAUUGGAAGUAACCUGCAUAUUUAUCCUGACUGUAAAUAAGUAAGCCAUUUCUCUGGUGCAUGAACUGCUAUUACAUUACAUUUCAUUACAUUACAUUUAGCAGAUGCUUUUAUCCAAAGCGACUUACAAAUAAUGAGGUACAUAGAACAAACAUAGUCAGGCCUUAAAGGAGGCCAAAGGGUAACAGCGGGGUAGAGAAGGGAAGGAGGGCAAGAAGGAGCUAUGAGAAUUUACUUCUUACCCUGUCACUUUCCAUGGUUACAACCAACAAAUAUUGUUUUCUUUUUGUUGUACUGUUAUUUUCUAUAAUAUAUAUAAAAAGAUCUAAUUUACACAGUUUUCCACUUUCCCUAGAUGUAGUCAAUCGUCAAAAACAUGUUUGGAGUCCAGUAUUUGCUUCUUUAGUUUAGAACUGGCGCUGCGAGGCUAAUGUUGCUAACAAACACCAGAACUCAAUAGUCACCCAAAUAGCCCAAAUGUGUUUGCAUAAAAAUACACCAAUAAAAUUACUUCUUGUCCCCUCAAACCACAUCCAGGUGUUUAUUAAGGUUACAAAGACUUGUCAGUGUGUUUUUUGAACAGUAUUAUCUACUGUGAGCUAUAAAAAAGAAACAAAACUUUAUUUAUGCACAGCUAUUUCAGACAACAGUAGGGCUGGUAUUAACAAACCAGUCGUAAAAUCACAAAAACUGUUUCUAGAACAGGCCUCCUACCCCUGAGGAGGUUUGUAAACACAGGCCUGUUGGCUAAAAAGGCUGCUUGCAAUGUUCAGCUGUCAUAAAACAGCAGUGCUGGAUGAAGUACACAAUCCAUGUACUUGAGUUAAAGUAGAGACACGCAAGGUAAAAUAUUACUCCAGUAAAAGUAGAAGUUCCUCCCUUUAGACCUCCACUUGAGUAAAAGUA